AUGUGUCGAAUUCUUAAGAAGCUCAGACACUUUAACAUCUCUGUUGUCAUUUGUGUACAGACAGCCAAGAGUUUAAGUAAGGAUGUAAAGAGAAUACUUACUGACAUUGUACUUUUCCCCGGAUUGUCCGAAGACGAUUUCAUGGAACUUAUGAAAGAGUCCAUGGCAGGUAAGUUUGACAGACAUGAACUAUGGGAGAAGUACAAAGUCAUACAAGACCCUCAUACUUCUUUCAGAAUUCACAUCUACGCAAACAAAGUUCAAAUUGUAAAAAGUCAAGCGUAA